UUUGCCUGUCACAUAAACAGAGUAAAUCCACACCCAGUAGCUCCAUCCUGCAGCUGCACUGGCAGACAGGUGAGCCAGGCAACCAAAGGCACCAUGCUCCCCGUGUUUUCAGGAAAGUUAUGUCAGUUUCUUAGCCUAACUCGGUUACCUUCUAUCUUGUUCCUUGGAAUUAUUUAUGUAGCCUAUGUCCUUGUUGGAGGGCUGGUCUUCUGGAAGCUAGAAGGAUGGUAUGUGUUGCAACAGAUUGAUCUCCUGAAGGAGAAAAGAAUGAAACUACUCGAGAAGUACCCUUGUGUGGGUCAGAAUGGCCUCAGAGAACUAGCAGAGAUGAUAAAAGCUGCUUCCCUGAGUGGCUUGAGUCCAGACAGCAAUGAUACCGCAGAUGGCUUCUGGAAAUAUACCAGCUCAUCUGUGUUUGCAGCAACAGUGGUCACAACUAUUGGCUAUGGGAAUAUAAUUCCACUAACAACGGCUGGUCAGAUCUUCUGUGUGAUGUUUGCUCUUUUUGGCAUUCCCCUGAACGUAGUGAUCUUAAAUAGAGUUGGAAAAUACAUGUUGGCCAUUGAGAGGAAUUUUUGCAAUUUUCUGGAGAAAAAGAUUGAUAGAGGGAAAUGUGUACGAAUAUCCAUUCACAGUAUAUCCUUCAUAAGUUCAGCAUUCCUGUACUUUGUGGUUCCUAUGUUGCUCUUUAAAGAGUAUGAGGGAUGGAGUUAUGCUGAAGCCAUUUACUACUGCUUUAUAACGCUUAGCACUAUUGGAUUUGGAGAUUAUGUUGCAGAUCACAACCCAGCAAAAAACUACCCAGAGUGGUACAGUUGUCUGAUGGCAGCCUGGAUAUUCUUUGGCCUGGCUUGGCUUGCUCUUCUGAUCAAUCACACCAUUGAUUUACUGGAGAGUUUCAAUGCUUACUUGAGAGGAAGGCGGAAUGCACAAACACAAGUGGAGGAGUCCAAAGAACAGCCGGAAAAAGGACUGAAAGUAGAAGAAACAUGAGAAUUGAGUUUAAAAGGAAAUAUGGUAGCUACUCAUAAAACAUUGUAUGGUUAAUUAAUAAAUCAGUUACUCAGUAUAUUUAAAGUAACCUUCAAAGAUAUAGUAAAAAUCAAUAAAAUUCAUAGUUGCUUCUAAACUAAAGAUUUUUGAUCAGUGAAUAAAGUUUAUGGUUAAAACAAUCAAGAAAUUUGAGCAUCACUUGUCUGACUGACAAUGUUUGGCUUUAAAAUCUCACUUGUGCACUGAGGAUUAAUCGUCUAGGUCCCUAAAAUUCACAACUGAAAAAGAACAGGUUUAUGUCCUAUAGCAAUUUUAUUACACACAUUAGUAAUAUUAUAUAUUUUCAGACAUCUCUGAAUCAAUUUAUUUCAGUGAUAUCAAACUGGCACACCAGUCCAUAAUCAUUUUGACGAUAUCUUUUGUAAAUUAUACUAUGACUUUGAGGGCAGGUCUAGCUUUUUUAACGGGAACCUCUAUAGCAAAUUUUUGUUGUGUGGUAUGUUAAGGUUUGUACAAACCCCAAAUUAGCCCUUUGAUACUUAAUAUACUUGUGAUAUGUAAAUCUAAAAUAAACUGAUAAAUAUUGACACUAUGUUUCGUCAUUGUACCACAUGAUAUAAAUCGUGAUUCCUGACAAUAAAAAAAAUGAUUGUUUUUGUUGCUAUGGUUGAGAAGCAGCCUGUUGCUAUGGUUACCUCCUAAAUGCAAAUAGGACUUCUGCCUGCAAGACACUUGCUGCGUCCCAAUUCGCCUACUUAUAGAGAAUGAGGAGUUACCUCACGAUAUUUUCACUCCGCGUUGCAUUUCGGGAAGGCGCCGCCAUAUUAGCAGGAUACGCUAUCCGUUGCUAUGGUAACUUCGACAGCGAGCCCGAGAAAAAAGAGCAACAGAGAGAGAGAGAGCAGAUUAAUUUAAUAAAUAAAUUUUGCGAUACAGCGCAGUUUUAUGGUAAGAAAUGGAGAAGGAGAAAGUGAAAGGAAAGGGGCUCUAAUGGGGGAGACUAAAUAACACCACCAAGCAGCGUCAUUUAGAGAAAAUGCUUGACAUUAACAGCAUCGACCCGUACGACCAUGGUCUUAUAUAAUAUAGUAAGGUUUUAGAGCAUUAUUUUAAAUUCCCCCGCGACGGGACAUUCUAAAGCGCUUAACCUGAAACAGCUUAUUGUGAAAAAGCUUAACGUGCCUUAAUUUAGGCUACUAAGACAGUGUUAUUAACGAACCACACUUGGUAAACACCAUAAUAAUAAAGCAUAGACUACUACGGACAGAAAACCAGAUGAGCCCAGAAUAUGAACGCAACACAUUUAAUUACACGUGUUUUCCUCCCAUAAAGAAAAAGACAGUGCCAUACACAGUAUUACACACUUUAUUAGUAGGCCAUAUGAUGUUUACUGAGUUUGGUCUGUUAAUAUCUUUUUUUUUUUUUUCCCUCACUUUAUUUAAAUUUUCCAUAAUAACAAAAUAUAUAAUUA